AUGUCUCUCCAGAUGGCCAUUUCGAAGGCUCGGGCGGCCCUCUCAGUAGCUCAUCGCCUUUUCAACCUCACGCGCGGCCUCUUCCUCUCCUCGCAAGAUUUCCAUAUCCUGAAUAAGGAUAUCAAGACACUGGCAGAGAUCCCACAACAACCAUGGGUGGGGACGUUGGCCGGUUGCAACAAAUUCGUUUCGAAUAACCCGGGCUCGGCUCUGGAUCAACCGAGCUUCGCGAAUGAUGGGUCGGCGAGCACGAACCCGCCAGGAUCGACUUAG